AUGCUGGUCACGCCUUCCGCUGCCUUCCGCUCGCCGGGAGCGAUUCCGCACCACGCGGCAGCGGUGCGUCGCGUCUCGUCGGUCAUGCAGGAGGACGAUGCCCCGGCGCCAGCGCCGAUGCCGGCUGCCAAGAAGUCGAUGGAAAUGGACUAUGAGAGCAGCGGCUUCAUCAAGCUGAGCGAGGCGGCGCGCACCAAGCUCGACCAGGCGAGACGAAAGCUCAACCCGACGAUCGGCUUCUGGGACCCGCUCGGCAUCGUCGACGACGCCUCGCCCGAGACCAUCGGCUGGCACGGCCGCGUGGCGAUGGCGGGCUUCGUCGGCUACUGCCUCCAGUCCAACGGGGUCCACUUCCCCUGGGGCAUCCAGGGCCACUUCGCCAGCUGCGACCUGCCCGCCGUGUGCCAGUUCGCCGGCUACGACCUGCCCGCCGUGUCGUUUGGCGACAUUGCCGCCGCGGGCGGGCCGGCCGACCAGUGGGACGCGCUGCCCACGGCGGGCAAGGCGCAGAUUCUCCUGGUGAUCGGCUUCCUCGAGAUAGACACGUCCACAGGCGAGACGUCGGCCGCGCUCGAGAUGGACGGCCAGAAGCACUACGUGCGCGGCGGCAAGCCCGGCGACCCUCGUAGAUGCUCCGAGGGGCGGUUUGGGCACCCAUAG